AAAUAAGACAUUGCUACGUUAAAGAACUUUAGUCUCUUUUAAGUCUGUUUUCUUGGGCAACAUAGUCCAAUUCGUCGUAUCGUCUAGUCGCGACGGUGUUGGCCUUCACGCCUGGCUGGACAUUCUUUCACUAAAACUUGACAAGAAUAAAAAGCAGGAGAAAGCAGGGCAGGGAAAUAAUGGGACGAUGACACCAAUUCAUAACCCGUAACGGAGACAAAGAUAGGGCGACACUGAAUAAAUAAAAAUGUUCUAAUGCCAUAAGACGAACGUUACAACAUCAUCAUCGCCGCCCACGAGAAAAUAAGUAAAAAUAGUGACGCUCCGCAUAGCCGGUGGCACUUGGCAUCAGUCUUCUUUUUUUACUAUGAACAUGCUUUAGAUAAAGUCAAGUGUGUGCAUGGAAUUCAUAAUUUGGAUUAUGCUUUGCUGACGUGAUGAAGGAAAAUUUAUGAAUGAAAUUAAAUUACGUAACGCAAGAGCGCUUAGAAACUCGUACUGAUUAAUUGGUUUUAACUAACGAUUUAUGUUUUCUCUUGCAGCAUUUACUGUGAGAUUCUUGACGCGGAAAUUCAUCGGAGAGUACAAGUCCAACACAGAUUUGCUCUACCGUCAAACACUCGCCAUCAGCCACGGGAGCUCUCUCGACAUCGAAAUCGUCGACAUUUCCACCUCCUUCGUGGACGGGGCUGAAUGCAUCGAGCGUAAAACUUUCCCUGUCGAAGAACUCUAUCGCGCCGACGGAUUCAUCAUCGUCUAUUCCAUCACGGACCGAAGCUCGUUCGAGACAGCGAUGCAGGCUCUCAGGGAUAUUCAAAAAAUCCGCAAUAUUUACAAACCUCCGACGACUGAAAAUGGGAAUUCAUCGAGAACGACUCCACCUCCCCCCACAAAUACGAAGUUAGGUCCCCCCGUUCACGUCACCCUCAUCGGGAACAAAUGUGACCUAGUGCAUCAACGAACCGUGGACCGACUUGAAGGGGUGGGGGCGGCGGAGAAGUUCGGGUGUCAAUUUUACGAGCUGUCCGUGGCGGAGAACUCGCCCGAAGUUUAUUCCAGUUUCCACUCGAUAAUCACUUCACUCAUCGCCACCAACGUUCCGCCGCCCAAGCGGAAAUUCUCCGUGAGCAAGAUGCUGGCCAGUCUGCGCCUCGGGAAGAAUUCGCCCUCCAACGCGAGCCCAGUCCCCAUCGCGCCCGCCUCCAUCGCGGACACCAACGUCGUCACCAACGACGCCGCCUCCUUCCCGAAUUCUCCAGCGGGGAGCAGAGAGGGCAGUCCGGGCGUGAGUGGGUCGUCGAAGGGGGCGAAGCAUGAGCGCCAAGGGUCGGGCGACUCGACGUCUUCGUUCACUUCCAGCAUUUGUCAGCUCAAAUCGAAGCUCGUGGUUUUCAAUUCCAUGAAAAAGAGGCAAAGCUCACCACCCAUUUGUUCCCUGUAAAUUUAUUACCGUCAGACUGUCGCCGAUUUCGUUUAUGCAUUCUUUGAUUUAUACUUUCCAGAUUAAUUAGUUAGAACUUUUUUUAAACAUUAUUUUUAUUACGUUUUAUACAACAAUUGUACCUAAUUUAUAGACUGUGUGAUGGCAUGAAAGUUCAAUUAUGUGUACCUUGAUUUACGAUUAUAAAUAUAUUUUUUGCUGAAAAUUGUCGUAGUUUUAAUGAAAUUCAUUACCUGAAACAUAAAUAAGUUCUUGAUUGAAGUGAAAAUUUGGGUUGAUUUGAUUACCUGUAUAAUAAUUAUGAAGGAAUUGCUGACAAGCAAAGCUAUUAAAAUUUGUAUGUAAAUCAGGAUGACGAUGUCUCAAUGUGAAGAAAUAUUAAUAAACAUUCUCAAACUUUAAUAAAAUCGUA